AUGGACUUGCCUAUCUAUUACACGAGGGCGGAGUACAUAGAGACGGACACGGGGAACAAAGUCUCUCGUAGGGCUACCAUCUCCGGCCCCCAGAAUAUCAUCCUUGGAGGCAAGACUAUCAUCGCAAGUGGUGCCAUCAUUCGAGGCGACUUGAGGCGGACUGGCCCCGGACAUGCUGUCGUAAUUUCGUUAGGGCGAUAUUGUCUCAUAGGUGAGGGGUGUGUCAUGAGGCCGCCAUAUAAGACGUAUCGGGGCAACUUCAACUACUAUCCUAUGAAGAUUGGAGACCAUGUUCACAUAGGCGCAAAUUCUAUCGUAGAGGCUGCGACAAUCGGGAAUCAUGUCGAGAUAGGGAAGAACUGCAUCAUCGGGAAGUUCACGAUCAUCAAGGACUGUGCAAAGAUCGCCGACAACACAGUCAUACCGCCAAACACAGUCGUGCCAGCUCUAGCGUUGUUUGCCGGCUCACCAGGUCGGUUCGUCGAGGAUCUUCCAGAGUCCACGCCUGAAAUGGUGGAGGCACAGACGAAGCAGUACUACACCCGCUUCCAGCCACUGCCCCAGGAGCGAUAAUCGAUGGCUCGUGUCCUCCGGCACAUAUACCCUCUCCGCUCAUACCCCUAAGUCGAACGCUCGGCUGACCCUUCUGUUCAUGGCGUGCCUUGCACGCUACUGUGCUUCGGCCAGUCGUUUCGUGCAUGAAUUCCCAUCGUGCAGAUCCUCCGUCCCCCAAGACCCUUGUAUAUCUGGACGCAUAUAUCCAACUGUAGUACUCAUUAGUAAUCC